AUGUCUAACUACAAACCAGUUGACUCAAAGCGCGAAGAAUUUCGAAAAUAUCUGGAGCAAUCUGGUAUAAUGGAUGCCCUUACUCGUGUUCUGGUGGAAUUGUACGAGGAGCUCGAAAAACCAGAAAAUGCUCUGGACUACGUGCGGAAAAAUUUGGGAGGAAAAGGUGGAGAUGAUAUAGACGUCAUCAAGGCGGAAAUCGAAGCUGCCAAAUUGCGCAAAGAGGAACUCAUGGCUGAACUUAGCAAUCUGCGAUGUCUUGAAGAAGAGGAAGAUGAGGCGGUUGGAAAUGGCGCGGGACAAGCUGAUGACAAUGUUGCUAAUGCUGAAAUGUAUUACUGA